UGGAGAGCGUGCCAGUGUGUCUGAGACCUGCACUUUGGAAGGGUUACCGAGCAACACACGCGAACUUGCCCACUCAGCACACAUGUACGCACACCCGCGCACAGCCGCAACACGGGACGUCGCAGGACUCGCUGGAAAAUGAACCAGGUGAAGAGAAGUGUAGUAAGGACAACCAGCCUGCAGCAUGGACUCUGAAUCUCUGGACAGCUGUAUCCAAAGCACUCUCUCCGCUCUCUACCCUCCAUUCGAGGCCACUGCGGCUACUGUGCUGUGCCAGGUGCUAGACGUGGUUGAGAGGACAUACCGUGGGGACGGGCUACGCUACCUCAUUGACUUCCUGGUGCCUGCUAAACACAUCCUACAGAGCAUUCAACAGGAUGCAUGUUUCCCAUACUGUGGUUUCCUGUUUCGUCAUGAAGGCUGGCCACUGUGUGUCCAUGAGAAGGUCAUAAUCCAGCUCUCCUCAUUGGACUGGCGUGUGUUACGGCCUAGUGACUUCUACUUGCAAGUGACACCAUCACCUAAAAGCCCUCCACGCAUCACAGUGAAGUGUCUGGCAGUUAGCGGGCAACAUGUGGAGGAGCUGGACGUGUCUCAGCUAGCAUACCCCUCUUUAUUCACCAUGGACUGGCUGGACUCCAUCAACCGGGAGAGGAGUGUGGUCAGAAAAAACGCCCUGGAACACUGUCUUUUAUCAGCGGAUAAUGAUAUUUUUAGGGUACCAUGGGAGGAUAUUGUUCAUCCGGAAUUUAUCAGCAGACCCCCCAAAGUUAUGGGACAAGGUGAAAGUAGAAGGGUGGCCAAGGAACUUGGGAACAGAGAGGAGAGGGACUCUGUCGAAAAUCAAGUUGAUGACUUAGAAUGCAGGAUUUUUAUUGACACUUCCACGGACCAAUCAGGGGAGAUAGACUGUCAAAGCAAGGAUGUCAAGGUCCUCCCUGCUCUUAGUGAGAUCUAUAAAGAUAGCAGUGGGCUGAGCUCUAGCUGCACAGCGGAGGAUUCAGAGGGCGAGUAUGUGGAGCUAGCCGAUAUCUCCUUACCACGUUUUUCCCCACAGAAAGGCUCUCUCACUCAGGCCAUUAGCAUGAAUUACAGAAAUCUACAUAAACCACAGACUGCAGGAUCCACUCAUUCUAAAGCCAAACCAGCUGAGAGUCUUCCAAAGUAUGGAGCAUGCUCACAGAGCAUGGUUUGUGCCAUGCUGAUCGAAGAAAAUCUGAAUGACGCGUACCAACCUGGGAUCUUAACCCUCCCUUCUCCUGUAGAGGCAGAGAGUCCGCACCAGCAGGUGGAAUGGUCUGAGCCCACCUGUGCUACAGGUACAGCUUCCUGUGACAUUGUGUCUAAGCAUGCGUCUGAAAGAGAGUUUGUGUCUCAACACUCCAACCAUGAUAGUACUCCACUUUCUGAUAUGCCAACACGCACCAUAUCGCAACCAGACAGUAAACCCUCCAACACAUCACUACUAGACAAUGAGCCAGUCAUGACAUCACAAUCAGAUAUCAAACCAGUAAGCACAUUCCAACUAGACAACAAACUAAACAGCACAUCACAAAUAGACAGAAAACCAGUCAACAUAUCACAACUAGACAAUGAGCCCGUUAAGACAUCUCAACCAGAAAGCGAACCAGUAAACGCAUCACAACCAGAUAGCAAACCAGUCUGCACAUCACAACUAGACAGCAAACUAGUCAGCACAUUACAACCAGACAGUAAACCAGUCAACACAUCACGAAUAGACAAUGAGCCCGUCAAGACAUCUCAACCAGAUAGCAAACCAAUAAACACAUCCCGACCAGACAGCAAACCAAUCUGCACAUCACCAUUAGACAACAAACUAGCCAGCACAUCACAACCAGACAGCAAACUAGCCAGCACAUCACAACCAGACAGCAAACCAGUCAACACAUCACAACCAGACAGCAAACCAGUCAACACAUCACAACCGGACAGCAAACCAGUCAACACAUCACAACCGGACAGCAAACCAGUCAACGCAUCACAACCGGACAGCAAACUAGUCAACACAUCACAACUAGACAAUGAGCCAGUCAAGACAACACAUCUAGUUAGCAAACCAGUAAGCACAUCCCAACUUGACAACAAACUUGUCAGCAUAUCACAACCAGACGGCCAAUCAGCCAGCACAUCACAACUAGACAAUGAGACAGUCAUGACAUCAAAACCAGACUAUGACCCAGUCAAAACAUCACAACCAGACAGUAAACCAGUCAACACAUCAAGAAUAGUCAAUGAGCCUGUCAAGACAUCUCAACCAGAUAGCAAACCAGUAAACGCAUCCCAACCAGAGAGCAAACCAAUCUGCACAUCACCAUUAGACAACAAACUAGCCAGCACAUCACAACCCGACAGCAAACUAGUCAACACAUCUCAACUAGACAAUGAGCCAGUCAAGACAUCACAUCUAGUUAGCAAACCAGUGAGCACAUCCCAACUUGACAACAAACAUGUCAGCACAUCACAGCCAGACAGCAAACCAGUCAACACAUCACAACCGGACAGCAAACCAGUCAACACAUCACAACCGGACAGCAAACCAGUCAACACAUCACAACCGGACAGCAAACCAGUCAACACAUCACAACCGGACAGCAAACCAGUCAACACAUCACAACUAGACAAUGAGCCAGUCAAGACAUCACAUCUAGUUAGCAAACCAGUAAGCACAUCCCAACUUGACAACAAACUUGUCAGCAUAUCACAACCAGACGGCCAAUCAGCCAGCACAUCACAACUAGACAAUGAGACAGUCAUGACAUCAAAACCAGACUAUGACCCAGUCAAAACAUCACAACCAGACAGUAAACCAGUCAACACAUCAAGAAUAAUCAAUGAGCCUGUCAAGACAUCUCAACCAGAUAGCAAACCAGUAAACGCAUCCCAACCAGAGAGCAAACUAGCCAGCACAUCACAACCAGACAGCAAACUAGUCAACACAUCUCAACUAGACAAUGAGCCAGUCAAGACAUCACAUCUAGUUAGCAAACCAGUGAGCACAUCCCAACUUGACAACAAACAUGUCAGCACAUCACAGCCAGACAGCCUAUCAGUCAGCACAUCACAACUAGACAAUGAGACAGUCAUGACAUCAAAACCAGACUAUGACCCAGUCAAAACAUCACAACAAUCAAGAACAUCUCAACUAGACAACAAACUAUUUAGCAUUUUGCAACCCAACAGCAAAGCAGUCGACAGAUUACAACCAUACAGUGAAGUACACAGUACAUUUCAACCAGACAGCAAGCUAGUCAAGACAUCACAUCUAUACAAUGAGCCACUAAACACACCACAACCAGACUGCAGAUCAGUCCUUACAGCACAACCAGACAGCAAAGUAGCUCACUCAUUACAGCCAGAAAAUGAGGUUUUCACUGGUACUUUAGAAAGUGAAAACACCGAACAAGCUUCUUCAGCUACAAUUGAACCCUCUGUGUCUGUUCCUGAAACUGAGCAGAUGAGAGGUGACAGUGUUUUGGAAGGCAGUUCUGAACUGCAGAUCAAUAGAGUGACAGUCUCUGAGCCUCUAGCCGUCAGUGUGUCUUUACAGAAACAGACUAAGCAAUCGGAGCUCAGAAAAUGUCAGAUACUCACACACAUUCAUACACCAGCUGAGCAAGGGCAUAUUCCUGCAAGCCAGUCAGUCCCCAACCCUCCUGCAUUAAAUGAGAACCACCGGACAUUUAGUGAUGGUAGAAGUGACAAUAAAGAAUCUGAUGGUGAUUAUAGUCCCAGUGCUGAGGAGGUAUCCGGACCUGUUUCAGCUACUCUGCAAAGGGAACAGAUAGACUUGGCCUCCAUCACCACAGCGCCUGGGGAGGAUCUGGUUACGCCCAUUUCACAGGUGAGGACAGAGCCCUGUGAGGACACAGUCAAUGAGAAAGUGGUAGAACUCCCAGAAGGUUACCAGACAAAGGAGGAACAUGCAGAAAGAGAAAUGUUGCCUUGUAAGGAGGCAGAACAGGUGAAAAAUGAAAGCAGUAGAGAGACUGAAAGAAAGACAGAGAGGGAUAUUCUAGCGUUAAGUGUGACAGAGGAAGUUGAGACCGCUCAAACAGGUCUGGUAUAUACCACUCCCAAUUCUGCCUCCAUUGCAACAAACGCUGAAGUUCAGAAGGAGGGCAACUCCUCUGUUGUGACAAAUAUGGAGAAACAAACCAAAGUUGAAGAGAAAGGGGGGGAGGGAGAGGAGGCAGAGGAGAGAGGUAAGGUGACCAUAAGCUCAAAGGACACUGAGAGCGAUACUGUGAGAUGCCCUGUGGUUGUGAGUGAGCAGGAGGCCAUAGUGACCAGCUAUUCUGAAAAUAGAGUCAUGUCAACAUGCUCUCAAGUCCCUGAUCCAGCCUCAGAGAUGUCAAUCACAAAUGGACACACACACCCAGAACAAAUGGACAGACACUAUCAGGACACACUAAUAAAGGUAGAGGACAUACCCACCGCAGUUGGAGGAGGGCAAAAAAGAAAGGAGGAGUUAAAGGGGGAAAAGGAGGAGAGACAAGAGGAUGGGGUUACUUCCUCUGUAAAUGGCUCUCCUGCAGAGCAUCAACAGCAAGCAGACAUGGAAUCCCAUUACCAUCAGCAGGAAGAACAAGCAUCCAGUCACAGAGUAGACAGUAAUGUUUGCCACCUGUCCACUGCACCUUUGCCGGCUAAGAGCCAGAGAGCAGAUUCCCUGCCACUACCAAUCAAUUCCCAGAGAACCCAGCCUGCUCUGAGUGAGGCCCAUGACAUCAACCCUGAUGUCCUGAGCUCAGGAGUGCUCUGCCUGCCUGGAACAAGAGAUAAAUCAGGCCAUGCACUUGUAACCGUGACAAUGAGAAACUCUGUCUGGUUGAAUCCAAACUGCAACAGCGGAGAGCUGGCGCGGAUAAUGGUCUUCUUCUACACUACACUCAGGAAGGAAGUUAGUGCUCUGGGUUUGACUGUCCUGGUGGAUGCCCGCAGGUGUUCUCCUGUCCCCGCCCUAUUUAAAGCCUUCAACAUCCUCCAGGAUGCCAUGCCUGGAUGCAUCCACACAGUACUGCUGCUGGCCGACAGAGAUCUGGCUUUACGCAUGGAGAAAGCCUCUUCUAUACAGGUGGAGUUGUUAACAUCGCUGAAAUCUCUCUAUAAGCAUGUGGACAUCUCUCAACUGCCCACUGAGUUUGAUGGCACUUUCCCUUAUUCCCACAAAAGCUGGGUCUGUUUCAGAAUGAGGGUGGAGCAGUUGACCAGUCAUUGUGAGGAUGCUGUUAACCUGCUUCAGACCACCACCAGCAAACUGGAGUCCACAGCGCUGCCACCUUCAGCAGAGGAGGCCCAGAUUUUAUUGAGUAAGUACGGAGAGCUGAUGAGGACUGUUCUGGAGGACAGCAAGCUAGUGCGGUUACAGCUGGAGGGAGGAGCUGCUCUGUCCCGUCUACGAAAGGAAGAGAGCAGUGUCAGCAUGACUGAGGACUACAGAUAUGCCAUCGAGAGUGCAGGACGUCUAUAUAACCAGGUGGAUGAGCUGGUUCACAGGCUGGUGAUGCUGUCCAACAAGUGCACACAGGAACUGGAAUUCAUCAUUGAGUUUAAGACUCUGGAGGAGGGCUUCAGAGAGGUGAUUCAGUGGAUCGAGGAGGUGGGAGAUUCUCAUCUGCAGACACUGAGUGAACUGGAAGAUUCCUUGGAGCAGUUACAUCAUAAACAGACUGACUUCAGAGAAUUUUACACAGCUGCAUAUGAGCACUGUAAGAGUGGUGAAGCUCUGCUCAAGCGUUUAGAGAGGUGGGAGGAUGUCUCUUCCGCAGAGCUUCAGGUGUACGAGGUAAAGGUGCGAUCAUUCUGGGUCCAUUUGCACGAUUUCUCCCAACGAGUUGAAGACACCAAGGAUAAAAUUGACAAGACUGUCCGACUCUACGAGUUCUUUGACAAGGCCUAUGAAUGGGCACUAGAGGGCAUGCGUCAUUUGGCAUGUGUUAGUAUGGAGGAGUGCAGCAUAGCUGAGAAGUGCCAGACCGUGAUCACUUGUUUGGAGACCUAUCGCAGUCAGCAUCCACCAAUCCCAGAUGCACACUUCCAGGAUAUGAAGGACCUCGCCAGUGAACUGAAGAGUGACCAGGGCCUCAAGCAGUGGAAGUUCGCCUGGUCCAAGUGUCAGGAGACCAAGCAAAUGUUUGAGAAGAAGCUGGAGACGGCCCUGCGAACCCGCCGUGAGAGCGACUCCAAAUCAGACUGUUCUCAUCGGAAGUCAGAUGGUAAUGGCAAACCUCAGGAGCGUAGCAGUAGCCUCUCUUUCUCCUGCCGGAAAGCUUUUAUUGGAGGCUGGGGCCGGGAUAGACUUUCCUCUCAGUCUAAAAUGUCUUCAACACCCGGAAGCCCUUCUGGUAUUCGCCUGGACACCCGUGACUCUGUCCAUACGCUGACAGGAAGUCCCCAUAACAUUGAGCACAGAAUUCCACACAGUACCCCCAUAAGAUCCCACAGGCUAGCACGUAGUGUCUCUACGGACGAGUCUAAUCAACUACCACUUCUUGAGGUGCAGGCAAGUGGCUCCUCAUGCUCCAUCAGCCCAAGCCUCUCCUCUAUCGAAUCAAACCACAGGGUUCUGCGGAAGACCCAGAGCUUUGAUACGGCCGGCAGCGAGUGUGUGUCAUGGUACGGGACCUGUCAGCGAACAUUGAGUGAACCUGCGCGGAGAGGGAACACGGGGGUGUUUAUUAAGGGUCUAGAGGUGAGCAGCACAGAGGUGGUUGAUCGGCUGUACAGCCCACGACUUCCGCCCAUGCACGGAUGGUCUUCUCCUGAUAGAAAGCGCAGCGGGAGUCCUGCUCCGGAAACAUGCGGCAAGGGCAGCAAACUACGUCACAUUGUGGAUGAGAUGGUCACAACAGAGCGGGAGUAUGUGCGUUCUCUACGGUACAUCAUUGACAACUACUUCCCUGAGAUGGAGCUUGCCAACCUGCCGCAGGACCUGCGGGGAAAGCGCAGCGUCAUCUUCGGGAACCUGGAGAAACUAGUGGACUUCCAUAGCCAGUAUUUCCUUAAAGAGCUGGAGAGUUGCUGUAACCACCCACUACGUGUCAGCCACUGCUUCCUACGACAUCAAGACCAGUUUAGCUUGUACGCCUUGUACAGCAAGAACAAGCCGAAGUCAGAUACACUCCUGGCCAGUCAUGGAAACAGCUUCUUCAGGCACAAGCAGUUGGAGUUGGGGGAUAAGAUGGACCUGGCGUCAUACCUUCUGAAGCCCAUCCAGCGCAUGAGUAAGUACGCCCUGUUGCUGAAAGACCUGAUCAAAGAAGUGAGUGAGGUCCAGGAGCAGGAGCUAGCAUAUCUACGUGCAGCCGCAGAGAUGGUCAAAUUCCAGCUUCGCCAUGGCAAUGAUCUGCUCGCCAUGGACGCCAUCAGAGACUGUGAUGUGAAUCUAAAGGAACAGGGGCAGUUGGUUCGUCAAGAUGAGUUUACGAUUUGCUAUGGCAGGAAGAAGUGCCAAAGACAUGUGUUCCUGUUUGAGGAUCUGGUACUCUUCAGCAAACCCAAACGCAUAGAGGGUGGCCUAGAUGUUUACAUAUACAAGCAUUCUUUUAAGACAGCCGAUGUGGGUAUGACAGAGACUUCGGGAGAGAGUGGUCUGAGGUUUGAGAUCUGGUUCCGGAGGAGAACUUCAAAGAACCAAGCCUAUAUUCUCCAGGCCAGCAGUGCUGACAUAAAACACGCCUGGACCACUGACAUUGCACGGAUACUAUGGCAACAGGCCACACGAAAUAAAGAAAUUCGAAUGCAGGAGAUGGUCUCUAUGGGGGUGGGGAAUAAACCCUUCCUGGACAUUAAACCCAGCGAUGCUGCUAUUAAUGACAGGGCCAUUGACUACAUUAUGAAAGGCAGAGGGGCCAGAACGAGAGCCUCCAUUGCUGUGUCUCUCUUUGACCAUUCAAACCCAUUCAAACGAGCUGCAGUGAACACUCCUGUUAGCGGGCCCCAAGUGGCCAAUGGCCCCUCCUCUUCCACACUCCUGGGGCCUUUGAAUCUCCAUAUGUACAGCAGCCAAAAUCUGUUAGCUGGGGAGAGACCUCUCAUCAGUCCCUGCAUCGAGGAAGAUGAACUGGAACAUGAGACCAGCAGUCAGCCCUCUAUGACUACAGAGAGUUCAGGUUCGUCGUCUCACUGUCUGUCUGGUAGUGGCUCGAGUGGCUCGGACAGCGGAUGUGUGUCCAACCACCUGCCUGAGGCUCUGUCUGAGGAGCCAAGCUCACCAUGUGACUCCUCCUGUUACUCCUCCAUCACUUCUCCCACCCAGGAAAAACCCUGCUUUAAUAGCGAAUACAUCUCAGCGGGAGAAGCUCAAGUGAUAGGUCCAUCUACUAUAGUGUGAGCUCAAUAACCACUGCUGCAGUUUAAUAUCUGUCUGCUUGAGAACGAGAAAACAACAUUACCACUCGGAUGAGGAGUACAGAGCUAGUAUUUAUUGUUCCUGUUGAGUGCCAGCAAAUCGUGUCUUACAUGGAGUUUAAAAAGCGCUCGAAAUAGCACUGUUUCUCUUUUUCUUUGUUUAAAGCCACUUUUUAGCUUCAAUAGCUUUUUAUAUAAAUUUAAAAAUUAUCUAUUAAACUGAAUAAAUAUUCUUAUAUUUAUCUUUUCAAAUGUUUAGAUACAGUAGUGUUCUUACUGUAUUAUUAACUGUAAAUAAUUCCUAUAGUAGUGUACAAUACAGUUCUGAACUGUUUCAGUUAUUCAGCUCCCACUUUUUUUGUUGUUGCCCACUUUGCUGCAGACUGCAAUUAAUUUGAUUUAGAAAUGCCUUAAUGUUAAAAGGCAUGUGGAAAUUUCUGAGCAUCAGUAUACUAGAGUUGUUGAGCAAUGUUCAAAGCAUUUGUUUUCUGACAAAGCGGUGUUCUAGAAUUUCUGUGUUCUUUACAGUGUUUCCAUAAAGGUUCUUUCUUCUUUUCAAAUCUGACCUUUGGUCAGUCGGUUGAGUUUGGACAUUAAUAUGAAGAGUUUUGUGCCUCUCCACCUUACUAUAGUUGGACUGAUCAAGAAACUUAUUUCUGUAGGGCAGACUCCGGAUUCAUCAGAGCAUAAACUAAGAUCUUAAGACUGACCUCAGGUCAGCUCUGCCCUGCACUGCUACUCCUAGGUGCUGGGUAUUGCUGCUGCCUGUUUGGAGAUGGGAGAGGUUUUUAAUUUCAGUUCUUUUAUUUACAUUAAUAAGUUUAACAAAAAACCAAAUGUACAUUGUUUGUAAAUAGUUGCACCGAUGGUGCUUUGAGGACAUAGUGUUUAGGAAAUUCGCCAAGUUUAUACAUGUUAAAACUUGUCAAAAUGGGAAUAACUGAAGUGCCAUUCUUUGUCGCCAACACACAUCUGAAGUGUACAAAAUAAAAAAUCAAUAAAUAAGCAUUGCAAUCUCCAUAUCUAGCUGGAGCAUGAACGUGUACGCACAUGUUCUAUUUUCCGAUCUUAACAACACAGAAGUAAUAAAGACUGAUUUCUUUGUACUGAUAA